AUGCCUUUGAAAACUGGCCAUGUAGGGAAGGCAGUAACUCUGACAGACGGCCCGCGGUUCGUGGAGCCCAUACAGAAUGUGACGGCCGCGCUGGGCAGGGAUGCGUCGCUCUCCUGCGUCGUCGACAACUUGGGCGAGUUCAAGGUGGCGUGGAUCCACAUCGACCGGCAGAUGAUCCUGACGAUCCACCGGCACGUGAUCGCGCGCGUACCGCGCUUCAGCGUGUCGCACGACAACCAGAAGACGUGGCUGCUGCACGUCAGCGACGUGCAGCGGGAGGACCGCGGCUUCUACAUGUGCCAAGUCAACACCAACCCCAUGAUCAGCCAGACCGGCUACCUGCAGGUCGUGGUGCCGCCCAAUAUCGUGGACGACGAGUCCACACCAUCCUCUGUGUCUGUGCGGGAGAACCAGAACGUGACCUUGACCUGCAAGGCUGAUGGCUUCCCCGCGCCCAAGAUCAUGUGGCGCCGUGAAGAUGGACAGGCCAUACACAUCGACAGGCGCAAGAAGGUGAACGUGUACGACGGCAACCAGCUGAACGUGACGCGCAUCUCUCGGACCGAGAUGGGCGCCUACCUGUGCAUAGCCUCCAAUGGCGUGCCGCCCUCCGUCAGCAAGAGGAUCACCGUCGACGUCGAGUUCUCCCCGAUGAUCUGGGUGCCGAACCAGCUGGUGGGCGCGCCGUCUGGUACAGACGUGACCAUCGACUGCCACACAGAGGCGUACCCGCGCGCCAUCAGCUACUGGGUCUACAACAACGUGAUGCUGCUGCCCACCAGCAAGUACCACACCGACAUCCAGGAGACGUCGUACCGCUCGCACAUGAGGCUCACCAUCCGGGGCCUCACCGCCAACGACUUCGGCAACUACCGCUGCAUCUCCAAGAACUCGCUGGGCGAAACGGAGGGCUCCAUCAGGCUCUAUGAAAUUCCACGACCUUCAACGCCGCCCAAGGCGACAGAAGUGCGCAGUGGAACCACCAAAGCAGAGAAGGGCGCGGCGCCGACGCCGUUGUCCCGGCAGAAGGUGGGCGCCGAGGAGGCGCUGUCAGCCCCGCCAGACCGCAGGAGGGACUCCCCGGCGGCGAGGGUUCCGGGCCCCACAGCGCGCCCAGCCCUGGCCGGCGCCACAGGAGCCCAGGAGCCAUGCUUGUUGUUGCUACUACAUGUGCUGUGGACGCUGAUGAGCCAGGUGGAGCGUGUUUUCAUCGUCUGAGAUGCGAUUCAUACUCCAGGAGCAUGACCCGUGAGUCAUUCAACCAGCUACAAAGUGACUGUGAAAGUAAAGGGAUACACAGAGGAAUGGCGAACGACGCUGUUGUUUAGUAAUUCCUAACAAAAAUUUGUGACGUACGCUGCCACAAAACUACUUGUCAGACGCAGCUCAGCAAGUGGCACUGUGGACACGAUAAAUCUUCACGUUUCCUUCGACUCGCUCUUUUAUCAGUUUUGCGUGUGACUUCUUGGCAGUGGGGAAAAAGUACAAUUGAGACACUAACUUCUUCUGUGGGUACCUCAGAUACGGCGAUGCGACAAGAGAGUGCUGAAAAUAAAAACCACCCCUUCUAACAAAAUGCUAUUAAAAUUCUAUCUGAGGUUGUUGAUCUGUAAAGACUGUAAUGUCAAUUGCGAUAAGGAAUGCUGAUUGGUCGACAUAGCUUCCAGGAACAGUGUGUUUAUAACGCAAUGUUUGUACGCUGUCACUGGGAAAGUUAAUCGAGGUAGUAGCUGUAAGCAGGAAACUGAAACAACAAAAAGUUAUGAUUCUCGCUAUACGAACUGUGUGCUUCCACAAUACGCUGCUUCUGUUUGUCAGUAUUGCUACGUUCUGUCGCGUGUAUAUACGAUUAUAUUUGUAAUAAAUUUAUUAAACCCAA